AGUAAUGUAAUUUGUGAAAGUACUUUGCUGGUCUGUGUUAAAAUAUCUUAACUCAUGUGCACUCUUUCAUUGUAGACGAACAGGAGGCAUUGAACUCGAUCAUGAAGGAUCUGGUGGCCCUCCAGAUGAGCCGACGUCCCCGGGUGCCUGGAUAUGAGACCAUGAAGAACAAAGACACGGGUCACCCAAAUAGGCAGAAAAAACACAACAGCAGCAGCUCAGCCCUUUUGAACAGCCCCACAGUAACAACAAGCUCAUGUGCAGGGGCCAGUGAGAAAAAGAAAUUUUUGAGUGACGUCAGAAUCAAGUUUGAGCACAACGGAGAGCGGCGAAUUAUAGCAUUCAGCCGGCCUGUAAGAUACGAGGAUGUGGAGCACAAGGUGACAACAGUGUUUGGGCAGCCUCUUGAUCUACAUUAUAUGAACAAUGAGCUCUCCAUCAUGCUGAAGAGCAAAGAUGAUCUUGAUAAAGCAAUUGAUAUUUUGGAUAGAAGCUCAAGAAUGAAAAGCCUUAGGAUAUUGCUGCUGUCCCAGGACAGAAACCAUACCAGUUCCUCUCCCCAUUCCGGGGUGUCCAGGCAGGUGAGGAUCAAAGCUUCCCAGUCUGCGGGAGAUAUUAAUACCAUCUACCAGCCCCCCGAGCCCAGAAGCAGGCACCUCUCUGUCAGCUCCCAGACCCCUGGCCGAAGCUCGCCUCCCCCUGGCUAUGUGCCUGAACGGCAGCAGCGCAUUGCCCGGCAGGGGUCCUACACCAGCAUCAAUAGUGAGGGGGAGUUCAUCCCAGAGACCAGCGAGCAGUGUAUGCUGGACCCACUGAGCAGUGCUGAAAAUUCCUUGUCAGGAAGCUGCCAAUCCUUGGACAGCCCAUCCUUCCGGAAAUCGCGAAUGUCCCGAGCUCAGAGCUUCCCAGACAACAGACAAGAGUUCUCAGAUCGGGAAACUCAGCUCUAUGACAAAGGGGUCAAAGGUGGAACCUAUCCCCGGCGCUACCACGUGUCCAUGCACCACAAGGACUACAACGAUGGCAGAAGAACAUUUCCUCGAAUACGACGUCAUCAAGGUAACCUGUUCACCCUGGUGCCCUCCAGCCGCUCCCUGAGCACAAACGGCAAGAACAUGGGUCUGGCUGUGCAAUAUCUGGACCCUCGAGGGCGCCUGCGGAGUGCGGACAGCGAGAACGCCCUCUCUGUGCAGGAGAGGAAUGUGCCGACCAAGUCUCCGAGUGCCCCCAUCAAUUGGCGUCGGGGGAAGCUCCUGGGCCAGGGUGCCUUUGGCAGGGUCUAUUUGUGCUAUGACGUGGACACAGGACGUGAACUUGCUUCUAAGCAGGUCCAGUUUGACCCAGACAGUCCUGAGACAAGCAAGGAGGUGAGUGCUCUGGAGUGUGAGAUCCAGUUGCUGAAGAACUUGCAACAUGAGCGAAUUGUGCAGUACUAUGGCUGUCUGCGGGACCGCGCCGAGAAGACUCUGACCAUCUUCAUGGAGUACAUGCCGGGGGGCUCAGUGAAAGACCAGUUAAAGGCCUACGGGGCUCUAACCGAGAGUGUGACCCGAAAAUACACCCGGCAGAUCCUGGAGGGCAUGUCUUACCUGCACAGCAACAUGAUUGUUCACCGGGACAUCAAGGGAGCCAACAUCCUCCGAGACUCUGCUGGGAAUGUGAAGCUGGGGGACUUUGGGGCCAGCAAGCGCCUGCAGACCAUCUGCAUGUCGGGCACGGGCAUGUGCUCGGGCACGGGCAUGCGCUCGGUCACCGGCACACCCUACUGGAUGAGCCCUGAGGUGAUCAGCGGUGAGGGCUACGGAAGGAAGGCAGAUGUGUGGAGCCUGGGCUGCACUGUGGUGGAGAUGCUGACGGAGAAACCACCUUGGGCAGAGUAUGAAGCCAUGGCCGCCAUUUUCAAGAUUGCCACCCAGCCCACCAAUCCUCAACUGCCCUCCCACAUCUCUGAGCAUGGCCGGGACUUCCUGAGGCGUAUUUUUGUGGAGGCCCGCCAGAGACCUUCAGCUGAGGAGCUGCUCACACACCACUUUGCACAGCUCGUGUACUGAGCUCUCAAGGCCACGCUGCUGCUGGCUGCCCUUGCUGCAUGGGCGAGGGGCUGCUGUGGGGCUCAGCGAAGUUGCUGCUUCUCCCAGGCAAGGCUGUGGACCACAGAGCUGCAGUUCAGCCAGCAUUUGUGCCUCUUCCGCCGCUGGGGCUAGAGCCAGGGUGGGGCAGCUGCAGCCUCAAGGACAAAGCCCCCAGCCUGCCAGACCUGAGAGCCCAGUCCUGUAAGCUCAGUGUGGAGGAGAAGGAGCUAGGAACAGUAUGCAAGGCGCGGUGGGCCUUGAGGCUGUGUCCUGACACUGCAAGCAGCACCAGAGCCCAGAAGGACUAGGGGCACAGGAUGGACACGAGGGUCCAAAUAGUGUUACUUUCAUCCAGAGUGUUAUUUUGUUUCUCCUCCCCAUGUCUGAGAUCACCAGGGCAUCUCUGGGCUGGGUGAGGCCACCCACGCCUGAGUUAAAAACCCUGCAUCCAGAAGCCAAUGGAAGGCAGAGGCCUGGGCUGCGCUCUCCCUGGGGCCCCCAGGUCAGCUUUGCCAGUCCCUGUCCUUUACCAAAGAUGAGUGAGCAGAUGUUACGCUGCCUUAUUCAGGGAAGGAGGAGCACGUCUUGCCUGCCCCUGUGACCCUGCCUUCCAAGCAGGAGCCUGAGAUGUGGAACUGCCCCACUGAGAGGGCAGUUUUGUCAAUGCAAUUGUCUCUGUUUUACAAGUUGGAGUCACUCUUAUGCUGUACCCAGUUUUUAAACUAGAGGCUGUGUGCCCUCUGGCCUCUGACUACCCCUGCUGUGGGCUUGGACCUUGGGCUGGAUUGGAAAGAGCUGAAGGUAAUGGCCUUUGUGCUCCUGACCUGGCAUCUGUCCCCCCACUGCAGCAGAAGGGAAGUGGACAGCACGGUGCAGGCCUCUGAUCCAGCUGGCCGCCCUGCCCUGAGCAGCCUGUUCAGGCUGUCUGGGAGUGUGACCCUGCUAGGACAGAACCCUCUCCACCUGGUAGAAGGGAGAGCCCCUAUGAUGCCACCAACUAUGUCCAAAACUGCCAGCUCUAUUCCUCCUUGACCAGCCUUGUCCAUCCCCAAGGUCUCAGCUUCUUUCCCUUCUUGCUCCUCCCUUGUGGGAGGAGCGGCAGCAGGAGUCUGGGAGCCAGUAUCUCCAAGCAGCUUAGAGUUGGCCUUAUUUACCUCAGCUUGGGCGCUGGUCCUUUGUUCCGGCCCCUCCCCUCCAAAAUGUGCCUAUUGCUAGAGCUCCUCCCUCUCAACACCCAGUUCCUUGGGAGUUGUCAUUAAAGGAAAAAAAGAAAAAAAAAAAGCCAGUGCCCAGGGAUGGG